AUGUCAAAAGACUCGAAAGCUGAUGUCGAUUUUGGGAGCGGGAACGAUGAUCGAACAACGCACGAAGGAUUGGGAACUAUCACUGAUCACCACGAUGUGUUUGGGGAAAUUCCCGAAGAUGGUCCAAAUUACCACAAUAUCGGCCUUGGUGUGCUUUCGAUGCCACUCGUCUUUGCCACCGUGGGUUUGGUGCCAGGCAAUAUUCUUCUUGUGGCCAUGGGCUGCAUCACAACCUGGUCAAACUAUAUGGUCGGUGUCAUCAAGCUUCGUCAUCCACAGGUGUAUGGCAUCGACGAUGUAGGCAGGAUGCUAUUUGGUCGGAUUGGGUUUGAGGUUUUUGGAGCUGCUUAUGCGACUUACUUCACUUUCGUCGCAGGAUCAGCCAUGUUGAGCAUUUCAAUCUCGUUGAAUGCUCUUUCAACACACGCUAUAUGCACAGCUGGAUUCGUGGCAUGUGCUGCUGUCAUCGGCUUUAUGUUUGGAAGCUUAAGAACACUCGACCGAAUUGGCUUUUUAGCUUGGAUCGGGGCAACUUCCAUCAUUAUUGCCGUCUUCGCUGUCACAAUCGCCGUGGGCCUUCAAGACCGCCCUUCGGCGGCACCUCAAACCGGUCACUGGAAGUCGGACUAUAAGCUUUUCAACAAUCCUAGUUUCACUGAAGCUAUAUCCGCUGUCUCCACAUUGGUUUUCACAUAUGCUGGAACGCCGGCUUUCUUCAACAUCGUUGCCGAGAUGCGCCAACCUCUCAUGUACAACAGGUCACUCGCUAUAUGUCAGACUACUGUCACUUUGGUCUACAUCAUUGUCGGCACUAUCGUCUAUUACUUUUGUGGAUCAUAUGUGGCCUCGCCCGCACUUGGAUCAGCCGGUGAUACCGUGAAAAAGGUGUCAUAUGGUAUCGCGCUACCUGGCUUGGUUGUGUCCUGUGUUCUCUUCAUCCAUCUGUCCGCUAAGCACGUCUUUGUCCGAAUUUUGCGUGGAUCAGACCACCUCACGGCCAACAGUGUCACACAUUGGGUUACAUGGCUUUCUUCGACGUUAGGUAUCACCAUCGUCGCAUAUAUCAUUGCGAGUGCUAUUCCUGUAUUCUCAGAGCUUGUGUCGCUGAUAGGUGCGCUUCUGGGUACAUUCCUGACUUUCCAGCCGUAUGCCGGUAUGUGGUUACUCGACAACUGGAAAAGCACUCGCACUUGGAAAUGGCGAUUUGGCGUGAUUUGGUCCAUGGUCAUCCUCUUUCUUGGUACUUUUCUGAUGAUAGGAGGCUCGUACGGCUCUGCUGUGGGGAUCAGGGACUCUUUCCUCAAAGAUGGGGGAUCCUCGCCGUGGUCGUGCGCCGAUAACUCGAACUCUGUCUGA